CUCCUCAUCGCUUCAACGCUUCCCUUCUCUCUCUCUGUCUUCACCCCCCCCCUCUCUCUCUAGAAAUUUCUCUCUCUAAACUCGCUCUCACUCAUGGCGCCCAACAACCUCAAACACCGAACAAGAGGCGACCCAGACAUAGACAACAUGAACACCACCACCAACAACAAAACGAGGAAACAGAAGAGAAUGGCCAUGGCGAAACGUGGCCUCCGUUCAUUGGCUGUAGCCGUGGUCCUGCCUCUCUCUCUCACCCUCGCCAACAUCUCCUUUUACGGUGGUUCAGGUAACAGCUACAGCACGUUAGCAAAACCCUUCUGGUUCCCGAAUUUGUGGGCCCUGCACUUGAUCUGCAUGGGCACAUCUUUACUCAUGGGCCUAUCGGGCUGGCUUGUCUGGGCUGAUGGUGGGUUUCACCGGAAGCCCAUGGCUCUGGCCCUGUACGCCUCCCAACUGGGUCUGACCCUGGCCUGGGGUCCGAUUGUGUUGGGGAUGGGAGCUAUUCGGGUCGGGUUGAUGGUUUGUUUAGCGAUAAUUGGGACUCUGGUUGGGUGUUCUCGGAUCUUUGGGGAGGUGAAUUCCAUAGCUGGUGAUCUGGUAAAGCCUUGUUUGGCAUGGGCUGGGUUUUUGACUAUUGUAAAUCUUAAGCUUUUGAUGUGACAUGUUUUUAUUUUAUUUUAUUUUUUAUUUGUUUCUUUUUCAGAAAAAAAAAAAGUGACAUGUUUUGUAAGUAGGUGUUCUGUUCAGUAAACAAGAAAUAAAAAGAUUAAUUAGUUUGUGUA